UCAACUAGGCAUACAGAAAGCUGGCCAAGGAAUACCAUCCUGAUAAGAAUCCAAAUGCAGGGGACAAAUUCAAAGAAAUAAGCUUUGCCUAUGAAGUAUUGUCAAAUCCAGAGAAACGUGAGUUAUAUGAUAGAUAUGGAGAACAGGGUCUUCGAGAAGGUAGCGGUGGAGGCAGUGGAAUGGACGAUAUUUUCUCCCAUAUCUUUGGUGGUGGAUUGUUCAAUUUCAUGGGUGGUCAGAGUAGAAGUCGUAAUGGUAGAAGAAGAGGAGAAGAUAUGAUGCAUCCACUCAAAGUCUCUUUAGAAGAUCUGUAUAACGGAAAGACAACUAAACUACAACUUAGCAAGAAUGUCCUUUGUAGUGCAUGUAAUGGGCAGGGAGGGAAGGCUGGAGCCGUUCAAAAAUGUAAUGCCUGCCGGGGUAGAGGUGUACGUAUCAUGAUCAGACAGCUGGCUCCUGGAAAGAUGCAGUCUGUAUGCUCUGACUGCAAUGGAGAAGGUGAAGUAAUUAACGAAAAAGACCGCUGUAAAAAAUGUGAAGGGAAGAAGGUGAUCAAAGAGGUAAAAAUACUUGAAGUCCAUGUAGACAAAGGCAUGAAACAUGGGCAAAGAAUUACAUUCAGUGGAGAAGCAGAUCAGGCUCCAGGUGUGGAACCAGGCGAUAUUGUCCUCUUACUCCAAGAAAAGGAGAAUGAGGUGUUCCAGCGGGAUGGGAAUGACUUGCAUAUGACGCACAAGAUUGGACUUGUUGAAGCACUGUGUGGAUUUCAGUUCACAUUUAAGCACCUUGAUGGACGUCAGAUUGUGGUUAAAUAUCCUCCUGGAAAAGUAAUUGAACCAGGCUGUGUUCGUGUAGUCAGAGGUGAAGGAAUGCCACAGUAUCGUAAUCCUUUUGAGAAGGGGGAUCUUUACAUUAAAUUUGACGUUCAGUUUCCUGAAAAUAACUGGAUUAGCCCAGAAAAGCUUUCAGAACUUGAAGAUCUUCUGCCAGCUAGACCAGAAUUUCCCAAUGUAAUUGGUGAUGCAGAAGAGGUAGAUCUUCAGGAAUUUGAUACCACUCGUGGUUCAGGUGGUGGUCAGAGACGUGAAGCUUAUAAUGAUAGUUCUGAUGAAGAAAGCAGCCAUCAUGGACCUGGGGUACAGUGUGCCCAUCAGUAAGAGUUUGUCUAAAAAGUUGCACAAGGAUUUUCUUUCAAAUUUUGCCUGACUUGUUUUCAGCAAUCCAGUUGGAUUGUAUAAAUAAUCCAGAUGAACCAAUGGACAUCUAUUGCUGUAUGUGUAACUUUUAAAUUGGUCUAUAGUAUCUACAGAGUGUAAUUUAAACUAACCACAAGCUUACAUCUUCAUUUUGACUGUGUAGCAGAAUAAAGCACUUGAAAGGAAGACGAGACUCCUUUUCACAUGGGUUUUAAGUUUGUCCUCGUAUCUGUGCUUGAUUUUUACCAGUUUUGUGUAGAUUUUAAGUUUCAUAUUUUAAAUUCAAAUUCUACAUUGUAAAGUUUGUGUACAAUUUGUCCUGAGGCUUGGUAUUUGGCUGCACCUGCAUAAGCUGCUACAAGUAGAAUAAAGAAUUUCAUAGCCUGUAUCUAUCAUCUAGAUGCAUGGUAAAUGGGCUUUGCACAUAAUGGGUUUAGAGCUGACUGGGAACAAUGGAAGACUAAAUUAGAAGUGGUUGUAAGUUUUUUCUACCAUCUUGUGAACGGUUUCUGAAAUUAAAUAAAAGCAGUUGGUGUAUAAUAUA